GGGUUUCAGACUGUUCAGGACAAACUGGAUGGAACAGGGGAAGAAGGAAUGCCUGCAGAUGGUAUUCUUGUGCCAGUCCUGUAAUAAUGAUUUCAAUCUGCAAACCAGAAAUGCUUUUAAAAGAACAUUAUUGUUCACAUCAAUGACUUGCAGAUGGCAAGGUACAUCACAGAACGUCUGGGAUAAGGUCACAUGGGUAGUUGUUGCUCUGGGAGGAAGAUCUACUUUUGGUUUCUGCAUGUCAGAACCUCACUUUUAUGUUAUGCUGCUUUGCAUAGUGCUUGAAUGCAGACUUGCUCCUUUUUUGUAUCUGCAAUAAAGCUAGGUGAAAGCACGUUCAAAUUUUUUAAUUGUUUUAAUGGCAAUGGCUAUUCAUGUUAAGAGAGCAGAGUCUGUGUGUCCCACUGAAGGCAAAAGGAUUUCUCUAGGGAAGGGUUCAAGGCUGAUUCAGGAGCGUGAAGAACUGCUGGUCCAGAAAAACACCCGCUUUAGGAAUAGUGUCCUGUUAAUUCACUCGGGAUUGCCUGCUUGCUGAGCUAAUUUAUUAGACAACAUGCCCUUGCGAAGUUCUGGCAAGUUGAGCAUGGAGACCAGAAAAGAAGAUGGUGAGAGCACAGCACCUGCCCCUCCGCAGAAGAAGCUGUCCUGUCAGUGCCACCACCAUUGUCCUGAGGACUCAGUCAACAGCACCUGCAGCACUGAUGGCUACUGCUUCACCAUAAUAGAAGAAGAUGAGUCUGGUGGACAUUUAGUCACCAAGGGAUGUCUUGGAUUAGAGGGCUCAGACUUCCAGUGUCGGGACACUCCUAUUCCACACCAAAGAAGAUCUAUUGAAUGUUGCACAGGCCAAGAUUACUGUAACAAACACCUUCACCCUACGCUGCCACCACUGAAAAAUCGAGACUUUGCUGAAGGAAACAUUCACCAUAAAGCCCUGCUGAUCUCGGUGACUGUUUGCAGUAUACUUCUGGUGCUUAUCAUCAUAUUCUGCUACUUCAGGUACAAACGCCAAGAGACGAGGCCCCGCUACAGCAUCGGGCUGGAGCAGGAUGAGACCUACAUUCCUCCUGGAGAGUCCCUGAAGGAUUUGAUUGAGCAGUCCCAGAGCUCAGGGAGCGGCUCCGGGCUCCCUCUCCUGGUUCAAAGGACCAUCGCAAAGCAGAUUCAGAUGGUAAAGCAGAUUGGAAAAGGUCGCUAUGGAGAAGUCUGGAUGGGAAAGUGGCGUGGCGAAAAGGUAGCCGUGAAAGUGUUUUUUACCACAGAAGAGGCCAGCUGGUUCAGAGAAACAGAAAUCUACCAGACUGUCCUGAUGAGGCAUGAAAAUAUUCUUGGAUUCAUUGCUGCAGACAUUAAAGGUACAGGAUCUUGGACCCAGCUGUAUCUCAUCACCGACUACCAUGAGAAUGGCUCGCUUUAUGAUUAUCUAAAAUCUACUACCUUGGACACAAAAGCCAUGCUAAAACUGGCUUACUCCUCCGUCAGUGGCUUGUGCCACCUCCACACUGAGAUCUUCAGUACUCAGGGCAAACCCGCUAUUGCCCACCGUGACCUAAAAAGUAAGAAUAUCCUGGUGAAAAAGAACGGCACCUGCUGUAUAGCAGAUUUGGGCUUGGCUGUUAAAUUUAUCAGUGAUACAAACGAGGUAGACAUACCUCCAAAUACCCGUGUAGGAACAAAACGCUAUAUGCCUCCUGAGGUGCUGGAUGAAAGCUUGAAUAGAAAUCACUUUCAGUCGUACAUCAUGGCUGAUAUGUACAGUUUUGGACUCAUCCUUUGGGAGGUAGCAAGGAGAUGCGUUUCAGGAGGAAUAGUUGAGGAAUACCAGCUUCCGUACCACGACCUGGUGCCCAGCGACCCUUCGUAUGAGGACAUGCGGGAGAUUGUGUGCAUCAAGAGACUACGCCCUUCAUUUCCCAACAGAUGGAGCAGUGAUGAGUGCCUACGGCAGAUGGGGAAGCUGAUGAUGGAGUGCUGGGCUCACAACCCCGCCUCCCGGCUCACAGCCCUGCGGGUCAAGAAAACACUUGCCAAAAUGUCAGAGUCGCAGGACAUUAAACUUUGACUUGGCUGGAGGCAGCUCUCAUGAAGGCCCAUGGAAACGGACUUUCUCGUGCAGGCAGAAGUCCUGAAGAGGUAUUGGAAGUCUUUGGUAAUAAGUACCUUGAAUCCAGUCAUGCUUAAAAACAGCUGUAAGUUUGUUUGACAGAUUUUGAGACUAUCCUUUGCAAAAAUCAGCUGAAUUUUGACAUACAAGAUCGGAAGAGGCUUGUCUGCCCUUGUUUACAUGGGGAAAUACAGUUUUAGUAACUGGUUUAAGAUUAUGCAUGUUGCUUUCCAUGAAAGCCACUUAUUAUUUUAUUAUUAUUAUUGUUAUUAUUAUUAUUUUGAUUGUUUAAAAAGAUACUGCUUUAAAUUUUAUGAAAAUAAAACUUUUGGUUAGAAGUAAAAAAGAUGUAUAUUGUUACAUUAAAAAAAAAUUGGAAGAAACUAUGCUGAAAAUGAAAGCAAAGUGACUUUUUCAUUUAUAAAGAGACUAUUGCACUCCAGCAUUUACAACAAAAGAAAAAAAAAAAAAGGAGAGAGGGUCUGCGUAGGAGCUGUAGUGGAAACUGUCUUAAAAGCCGUCUGCUUGCGGAGAUGACUUUCCAUAGCCCUGCCCCUGUGAGCAGUUCUCUCAGCAUAGAGAUGGAGCCCAGUUAUGUCCCUGUCAUCACUGGCUUGGGCAGCCGGGUUCCUGCGGGUGGCCUGUCCCAGGGAAGGUUAUACUUUGUUUACUGGGAGCCGUAUCAAUAUGGUUCAAUGUGACUUGCUUGUUUGAGGAAGCUUUUCACGUUUCCGGGAAAUCUGAUGGGUGUGAUACCAGGAUGAAGGCAAACAAAUGCCCCUUUUUUUGUCU